UGAUAAUAUCCCAAUGGCAUUAUCAGUCAGUCUGCCGGCGAUGCACCCGCGCGUAAAUAACCGACCGGUGUUACGGUCGUGACUGUCGCACGGCCAUCGCACAUCACGCACGUGCGCGACAUUGUAAUACCGUUGUAAUAUUUAUACCGGGCGACAUGUUACCGGCUAGCGUGUUGACGAGACGCACGGCGAGAUCGCAUCGCGGCGUCGUAGCCGUCGGCGCCCGUUGGUUCCGGCGGCCCGGAGCCCGGAAUUGCGCGGCGCCCGUGCGUCCGGCGGUACCGAACGGCAGGCACUACGCGUACGCCGCGUUUUCGGCACGUCCGGGUGGCGCCGGCGGACGCGGUAACGGCGCCGCCGUCCGCGUAUUGACGGCCGGAUACUGUUCGAGCAGCGGCGCCAAGAAAACCGUGCCGUUUUUGUUGGCCGACAUCGGCGAGGGCAUAAGCGAGGUGACCGUCAAGGAAUGGUACGUGAACGCGGGCGACCGGAUCACGGAGUUUGACGACGUUUGCGAGGUGGAGAGCGACAAGGCGGCCGUGACCAUAACGAGCCGGUACACGGGCACCGUGACAAAGCUGCACCACGAGGCGGGCUCCACGGUCCGGGUGGGCAGCGCUCUGGUGGACAUGGAAGUCGAAGACGAGGCCGGCGAACAGCCGUCCGUCGUCGUCCCCGUAGUGAGUGACGACUCGGAACGACCGUCGUCCGGCGAACCGCGGUCGGACCUCGCGGCAGGAGGCCCGGACGACCGCGAUGCCGGCAAAGUGCUGACCACGCCGGCGGUGCGCAGGAUAGCCGCGGAAAAAUCCAUCGACCUCGCCACCGUCCGGGGUACCGGCAAACACGGUCGGGUGCUCAAAGAAGAUCUGUUGGAUCUCGAACGACCGUUUACUCCGAUCGCCGCGGCUAGUGGUACUCCGGCCGCGCGCUCGACGCCUGCGGCUGCCCCGGCGGACUACAUACCGUUGACCGGAUACGACAAGGCGAUGCGGAACACGAUGGAGAUAUCCAACAAGAUUCCCACCCUGGUCAUCACGGACGAGGUGGACCUGACCAGGUUGAUUGAGCUCAAGACGCAGAUAUCGGAGCGAGUCAAGGUGACGUUAUUUCCGUUCCUGGUGAAAGCCAGUUCACUGGCGCUGACCCUUCACCCGCGCGUCAAUUGCACUCCCAGUUCGGAUUACGGGUCGUACCGGUUGAACGAGGCGCACAACAUCGGCGUGGCCAUCGACACGCCGCUCGGCCUGGCCGUGCCCAAUAUCAAAAACGUGCAGACGCUCACCGUGAUGGAGGUGGCCGGCCGGUUGGCCGAGCUCCGCGCCAAAGCGGUCGUCGGCAAGCUCGGGCUGACCGACGUCACGGGCGGCACGUUCACGCUGUCCAACAUGGGAUCGAUCGCGGGCUCCGCGUUCCGGCCGGUGAUUUUGCCGCACGAGGCGGCCAUCGGCGCUCUGGGCCGGCUCAAGUACCGGGCCCGGUACGACGCCCAGGAGCGGCUGGUCCGGACGCCCGUCAUGGACGUGUCGUGGGCGGCCGACCACAGGAUCCUGGACGGCGCGGCGGUGGCCAGGUUCUUCAAAGACUGGAAGACUUACGUGGAGAACCCGUCGCUCAUAUUGGCCGGCGUCAAACUGGAACAGUAGCCGCGGACAGUGCCUGCCUGCCAUGGCGUACAACCAGCGCCGUUAAAAUACAUUUUCAUCUUUCUUAUUUACAAUAGUUAUUGUUGCCGCGCCGAGAAAGUGUCACGGCCACGGCGUGUGUCGCGCGCGCAUUUAAUAAACGGUUUUAUUUAUUUUUUACGCAACCACGUACCGCGUACCGCGCGGACGUUUUUUUUUUAUUUUUUUUUUUAUUUCCGCGCUCGCCCGCGCGCACACUCCGGACACUGUACGCCGGGCGGGUUGUUUUCGACGAAAAUCAUAUACACGAUCACGUCGUUACGGUAUUGACAAUGAC